CUUUUUUUUUUUUUAUCUUUCCUUUCUCCCCUUUCUUUUCAGACUUUAUCAAAUGUCAUCAGGAAAAGUGUAUUCUGCUGUAUAUUCUGGUGUACAAGUAUAUGAAAUGAUGAUUCAUGGGAUUGCAACAAUGGUUCGAGGGUCAGAUUCAUAUUUAAAUGCAACACAAAUCUUAAAAGUAGCAGGAUUUGAAAAGACACAAAGAACCAAGAUAUUAGAACAAGAGAUUACUGGUGAAUUUGAAAAGGUACAAGGAGGAUAUGGGAAAUAUCAAGGAACCUGGGUUCCUUUUGAGAAGGGAAAAGCCUUGGCAGAGAAAUAUCACGUACUAGACAUCAUGAUGCCCUUACUUAGCUUUGAUCCUUCUAAUGUAUCCUCAACUGAACAAAUACCAACAAAGGAACAAGCAUUAACCGAACAAUUAUCUCAUUCACCGCCUUCGUCACCAGCAGAUUAUCAUUCGUCCAUUGAAAAACAUCGACAUAAACGACCCAAACUAAACAGUCCAACGUCACCCCGAGAAGGACCGUUAUAUGAGCAACAACGAAACAUGUUGAUGAAUAUAUUCUUGACAGAGGAUUUUGAGAAAUCAGCUGAAGACCUUAAUGCUUUGUUGUUGUUGGAUAACUUUGAUGUCGAUCUUGUGAUUGAUGAACAAGGGCAUACAGCAUUACAUUGGGCAGCUGCAUUAGGAAAAAUACCCGUUGUGCAAUUUCUGAUUGAAAAGGGCGCUAGUAUAUGCAGAGCUAAUUACGAUGGAGAAACACCAUUGAUGCGUGCAGUCAUGAUAACAUGUUGCUAUGAAAGUAAAUGUUUUUAUGAACUUGUUGAAAUAAUGAAAGACUCUGUGGGAGUCACGGACAACCGUGGACGAACGGUCUUGCACCAUAUUGCACUUACUGCAGGUGUGCCUGGAUAUGCAGAUGCUGCUAUUUAUUAUAUGAAAAUAUUGUUAAAGCUGAUACCAAAGAAGAGUCAGAUUAGAUAUGUCUUGGAAGUGAAAGAUAGAGUUUUCUCAGAAUCGGCAUUGGCUAUUGCCAUGAGACUGGAAUGCCAAGAGAUAAUCGAUCUACUAAUCAAACAUGGUGCUCUGGACCCAAUCAUACCACGUAAAGAUCCUGAUACGUUUAUGGAACAUUCACCCACAGAAUAUCGAUCAAGUGCUAAAGGACGUGAUUUAGUUCAUUCUGUUCAGCUCAUGGUAGACAGAUUAGAAGAAGAAUACCAAGAUCAGCUAAGACGUAAGGAUAAGGAGGCGUUCAGAAGAGAACAAGAGUUAAAGUUGGUCAAAUAUGAGUUAAAAGAGGCACUCAAAAGAUUGGAGCUCCCGACCACAGUUCAAUUAGCAGAAGCAAGAAAAAGAAUAAGAGAAUUGGAGGAUGAGGUGUUUAGGUUUGAAAAUAAAAAGAUAGAAUCAACAGAUGAAACCGACAACAAUGGCUCGGCUAACGAUGCAACAAGUAAAGACAAACUGAUAAAAUCACUGCAGCAUCAGCUGGAUACAAGCCUGCAGACUAUUGAGCAGUUAAAACUAGAAAUAGAGUUAGUCAAAGAAAGAGAGAUGGAGUAUAAAAGACUCAUCGCAACAUGUUGCAAUACGCCUCUUGAAAAAUUAGACAUACUUAUCAAACCAUUGACUUUGGCUAUUGAAAACGAUCCACCUGAUUUGGACAUGACCCGAGUAAUUGGGUUUAUGGAGAAACUGCAACGACGUGGGUCUGUCAAUAGCAACUCAGGUACACCUCAUGAUCUAUCAUCAACCCCUACAUUCUAAGCAUUUCAUCUGUAAAUACAAGAUAUCUGUAUAUUUUUUUGCAUGAAUAAACAAUUAUUUAUUAAACCCCACCUUUCUUUACAUUAAAGAAACUUUUGAUGAUAAAUAUUUGUAUGGCAGCCAUUGAAACAAUAGCAAGACUUUCCAAUACAGAAAACCAAAAUAGUCUACUUUUUGUAGAAGCCACAGUGGCUGCGUUACGGUUCUCUCUUGUACGGAAAUGCCUCUGUGUACGAGCAAUCUUUGUCAAGUCACCUGAAAGCCUAAAGAUAGUUUCUUCCAUUUCA